GAAGCUGGACAAGGAAGCGGCAGCAGGUUGGUUGCAGCAGGUAUUUCAUGCCCAACAAGUCGUCGAAUUGGCGUUGAAAAGUGCGAUGCUCCGAACGUGUGGGCUAGUGACAGAAGAGUUUACGGGCUCCACUUCGCACGACCUCGUGGGCUUCUAUGUGCGGCUGGUUUCUGCAACUCCCACCACAGAUGCGCAGAAAGACGCCAUGGAGGCCAUUCCGGGAUCACAAGAAGAAGUGGCCUGGUUGAAGCGCGCGUACUUGGCUGCACGGUACCCCAACGCCUGCUCGGCAGGAAAUCUGCCAGCCCAUGAGUAUUCCCAGGACGAUGCCACACAUGCCCGGCAAUUGGCCCAAAGCUUCUUCGAGUGGUCGAAGCAUCUUUCAGACUUGCCAACCCCCGAGCACGUGCCAGCAACGAGGGUGAGUGUCCCACAAGAGCAGGAUGGUGAGCUGCCAACCCUGUUUCGGUUUGAACAGUCACGGCCAAGUUUUGCACCCUUGCCGCGAGCCCCCCAACAGACACUGCCGGGAGGCCCAGGCAUGCAGCAGAGCAGCGUGACCAACGGAGCCCCUGCUCCACCACCACUUGAAGCACCGACGGCGAGGAACGCGCUUCCGGAUGAAGCAACUAUGAGCCUGACAAAUGGCUAG